AUGGCCACCAAGACCUACAACGUCGGCGUGAUCGGCUAUGGCUUUAGCGCCAAGAUUUUCCACAUCCCCUUCGUCGAGCAGAUUCCCGAGCUGAAGCUCUACGCGGUCGUUCAGCGUACCCCUAAGCCCGAAGACGAUGCUGAGAAGGACCACCCCGGUGUCAAGUCCUACCGGACCACCGACGAGCUGGUCAACGACCCCGCGGUCGACGUGGUGAUUGUCACCACCGCCCCGGAUUCCCACUUCACCCUGGUUAAGCAGGCUCUGGAGGCCGGCAAACACGUUGUCUGCGAGAAGCCGUUCACCCCCACCUUCAAGGAAGCCGAUGAGCUCGUCGCCAUUGCCAACAAGCAGAACAAGUUGCUUGCCGUGUACCAGAACCGCCGCUGGGACGCCGACUUUGUCACCCUCUCCAAGCUCGUCAAGAACGGCUCCCUCGGCCGCAUCUCCGAGUUCGAAACCCACUUUGACCGCCACCGUCCUGAGGAACCCUCCGCCGAUGCUCACAAGUGGAAGAACAAGGUUAUCCCCGGUGGUUCUGCCGUGUAUGAUCUGGGUACCCAUCUGCUUGACCAGGCCGUUCACCUGCUGGGUCUCCCCAAGCGAGUGACCGGCUUCAUUGGCUCGGCACGGGAGCAGAACAGCUCUGGUUUCGAGGACUCCUUCACCGUUCUGCUGCAGUACGCCAACGGCACUCUGGUUACGGCCAAGGCGACCGUAGUCAGCCCCGAGGAGGAGCAGCUGCGCUUCUGGGUCCGUGGUGACAAGGGUAGCUUCAAGAAGUUCCACCUCGAUAUCCAAGAAGACCAGCUCAAGGCUGGUAUCAAGCCCCAGGACAACGGCUACGGCCGUGAGCCCAGCGAGCGCUACGGCACUCUGACCACCAUCCAGGAUGGCAAGCCCGUCAAGGAGGUCGUUCCCACCGUCGAGCCCCCCACCUACACCGAGUAUUACCGCAAGCUGGUCCGCGCUCUCGAUGGUGAGGGCGAUCUCCCCGCUAGUGGCGCCGAGGCCGCUCAGGUCAUUCGUCUGAUUGAGCUGGCUCGGGAGAGCUCUGCCACUGGCAAGACUUUCGAUGUUUGA